AUGAGGCAGUUUCUACUCCUCUACCGUUUCAACCUCAUCCUUCUCAGUUCAUCCAAGACGCCAUCAACUCUCCCCAAUACGAUCCAGAGUUUCAUCUCCACCGUGACCAUGCCAUCCCCGCUGGAAACCCUCCCAACCGAGGUCAUCGAGUUGAUUGUCAGACUGCUACCACUCAAAGAUAUCCGCAGCCUUCGCCUCGCCUGCAGGACUCUGUCAGACAAAAGCUCCGAAUCUCAUUUCAAGACAUUCUUCUACACGCAGCAUGUCGUAAUGACAGCCGAUGCCUUGCGAGAACUCACAGUUAAUGUCCAGGCGGGAGGCUUCCGCUCUUGCGUACGAAGGCUAUGCCUCGUUGGCGUAGCCGACAAGGAGGCUGAGAGAACCCAGACAUCUAAGCUCGACCCACGCCAAGAGGAGAUGACUAGCCUGCUUACACAAACAUAUAAUGGGCUUGCCAAACACCACAGCGUCGACAGCCUCCUAUCGCUCUCGCUAGAACUAAGGGUCGUCAAGAACGACCUGCCUAACAACGUCCUGCGCGCUACAACACACCUCGCAAAAUCAAGGACCGUGUGGCAAUGCGCAAUUGACGUAUUCGACCAGUCGUUACGAGCACUGGCCGCCAGUACUUUGAAACUCAAACAUCUCAAUAUCUUCAACGGCCCAAACAUGGAAAACUGCAGCCUGCCCUCCGAACAGCUUAGCAUGAUCAACUGGAGUGACCCAGGUCUGGCUGACUCCCUGUCCACUCUUACAUCUCUAUCAGUCAAUAUCUCCACCCCCAUCUUCUUGUGCAAAACCCUCAGAGACCCGUCAGGGGACGGCCUGGUAGGAAGGAGCCUUGGCGGAAUCGAAGCAGCCCAGGAGGAGCGCAACUUUGGCGGCCUUGCAAAAGUCUUGGCGGCAUGUCCCCGACUUGAGGACCUGGAUCUGAGAUACCAUAGAAUCAUCACUCAGCCCCUAUACCACGACUGGGAGGUUCUACAGCGCGUGGCAGGGUUGCAGACACUGCCUGUUCUGAACCGCCUGAGUAUCAGCGGCUUUACCGCCAAAUCGCCCGACCUCCUCAAUAUACUCGAAAGAACUAAACCCCGGGAACUAUGCCUGGGGCCGAUAGCCCUCGAGACGGGGACCUUCCAUUCCAUCUUCGACUACUGCUCUAGCAGGGGAGCCAACAUCUUCAAGGCGUCGUUUGAGCGGCUGGUUCAGAUGUCCCACCAGGAUGGCGCGGGAGUGGUUCAUUUUGUCAGCCAGUGUCCGAAGGUGCCCGUGGUGCGGAACCGGUCGCCGAGUUCCGCGUUCCAGGCUCCAUUUUGCAGCGAGUUUGCAGAGUUUGAGCAUCUCGACCAGGGUGCUCGCAUCUCUUGUCAUCUUGAUCGGUCAGGGUUCAUCGGGAUGCCGCAGUAUGGAGGGUGUCCGCCAUCGAGGAGACAGGAUCAUCUGAAUAAUUUUUUCUAA